UUGAUCAUGGGAAAAUCAGCUUCCAAACAGUUUGCUGAAGAAGUCUUGAAAGCACACAAUGACUACAGGAAGAAACACGGAGUCCCCCCAUUAAAACUCUGCAAGAAGUUAAACAGAGGAGCCCAACAGUAUGCAGAAGAACUGGCUGCCACGAGGGUCCUCAAACACAGCUCCGAGUCUGCUAAUGGAAAAUGUGGAGAAAACCUAGCAUGGGCAUCCUAUGACCAACCAGGAAAAGAUGUGGCUGACAGAUGGUACAGUGAAAUAAAAAAUUACAGCUUUCAAAAUCCAGGGUUUUCUUCUGGGACAGGUCACUUCACAGCAAUGGUUUGGAAGAGCACAAAAAGGAUGGGAGUUGGAAAAGCAUCUGCUAGUGAUGGCUCAACAUUUGUGGUGGCUAGAUAUGAUCCAGCUGGAAAUGUAGUAAAUCCAGGCUAUUAUGAAGAAAAUGUCCUUCCUCCAAGAAAAUAACUUUUUUUUUUUUUAAAUUGUCUGUAGUCUUGUUGUCAUUACAAGUGAACCUGGAUCUGGACUUAACAGUGUUUGAAAUGAAGUACGAGUCAGUUAAAUUUCCUGUUUGAUGCUGCUGCUCACUCCUCAUUG